GAGAGAGAGAGAGAGAGAGAGUAUCUGUGUGUGUGAGAGAGAGAGAGAGAGAGAGAGAGGGAGAGUCUAAGAAGGCUUGUGUGUGUAUGCGCAUGUGUGAAUGAGGGUGUUAUCGUUGUUGUCCUCCACUGAGUCAGAGACACACAGACAGCUGAUGGUAAAACAUCAACUCCAAGCAGAGAGAAACAGAAAAAAACAAAACAGACAGAAAGAAAGAAAUCAAAUACAACUUGCAACAGAACUCAGGUGAAAUGGUCGUUUCCUCAGCAUUCGUCUUUGCCUAUUGGGCAAGUUUUCUGAUUGCAUAUGGUUGGUGCAGAGAAGGGGCAUGUCUUCAGGAUGGACAUCACAAGUCCAUGCCCAGUCCAGAGCCGAAUCUUAAAGAAUGCUCCUCAUACAUGGAGAAUGCUUGCUGCUCAGAGCAGGACACUGAGGACCUUACUGCUUCUACUAGCAGUGUAUCGUGGGACAGGUGUGGCUCUCUCAGUCCAGUGUGUGAGGAGUUCCUGAAGAGAGUCAUAUGUUUUUACCGCUGCUCUCCUGAUGCCACAUACUGGCCACACCCUCAGCGUGGCUCCUCCCUCAGGGUGGUGCCUCUGUGCCACAGCUUCUGCAGAGACUGGUAUGAAGUUUGUAAAUCAGACCUCACGUGUGCUCGAGACUGGACCCGUGAUCCCAGAGGACUAAACUGCACUGGCAGCUGCAUACCCUAUCAACAGAUGUACCAGCAUGGCCGAGACCUCUGCGAGAGCCUCUGGGGUGACGCCUUCAUGACCGUGGAGGAUGAGGCCCUGGAGGUCAAAGGCCGUGGCUGUGGAUGUUUGAACCUCAACGCCUCAGACCGAGAGGUCAUAGCUGCUCUGAGAACGCAGAAGGAUAACCCGGAUGAGCUGGACACCACCAAACACCAUGGAAACACCCUCUGCGCUCACACUGCAGCCACAGCGCCCCAGCAGGGGCAGAGGAACCACGGCAAGUCGGUGUUACACAAACGCUCAGCUCCCGCCGUCCACGACCCGGAGGGCAGCGGCAGCGGCUUCUAGACUCCCGAUUCUAGCAGCUUAUAAUAUUCUAAAUGAUGAAAUCACGACACAUUCUAGCAUGUUCUGAAAAAUCUAGCACCAGUUCUGGAAGCACAGAACACUGUUACUUCACACACUUGUGUUUUAUUUCACGUUUCCAGUUUCCUCCUAAAUUUCCUCACCUGUACAGCGUCAUUAGAAGAACACUGAUUAGACAGUCAUGCACCAGUGUCUGAAUCCAUCACCAAGCAUUUCAUUUAAAUGGUAAUUCAUGUUAUUCUUGGUCUCUUACUGACUAACACAUCAGACCUACUGAGUUAGCAGUCCACUUCCUGUUUACCUUCCAGCAGUCAGAGCAUCAAGAAUACAAUUUAUAUCGUCACACAAUCUACAUGAACUUAUAUUAAUAUAUUGUAUACACUGUAUAGUUAAAAGUAUGUGGACACCUGACCAUAAUAUCCAUAUGUGGUUCUUCAGCAAAUUGUUGCCAUGAAGAUGGAAGCACACAAUUGUAUAGAACGUCUUUGUACACUGUAGCAUUAGAAUUUCCCUUCACUGGAACUAAGAGGCCCAAACCUGUUCCAGCGUGAUGAUACACUUGUACACAAAGCGAGCUCCAAGAAGAUGCGGUGUGUUAAGUGUUAAGGUUGGAAGAAGGUCGAAGAACUGGAGUGUCCUGCACAGAUCCCUGACCUCAACCCCACUGAACACCUUUGGGAUGAACUGGAACUGGAGCCUCCUCGACAUCCCAACAUCAGCACCUGUCCUCAUCCUCACUAACGCUCUUGUAGCUGAAUGAUCACAAAUCCCCACAGUCACGCCCCAAAAUCCCCACAGCCACGCCCCAAAAUCUAGUGGAAAGCCUUCCCAGAAGAGAAAGUGGAGCGCAUUAUAACAGUAAAGACGGAAUCAAUCUGGAAUGGGACGUUCAACAAGUACAUAUGGGUGUGGUGGUCAAGGAUGCACAUACUUUUGGCCAUAAUGUGUAUUUAUAUUACACGUAAGUACAAUUUACACACUGUGAUCUGUAUAAUUAUAGUGUAUUACAGUAUAAUAAGUUUGGCAACUUUAGAAAUUAGCAAUUGCAGAGUGAAAGAUG